CGUGAAUACUUGAAUUUGAAUCUUAACCUUUCAGAAUACGACGCUCCCUCCUCGUGCGAGUGUGCUGGUGUGUAUGAGCUGCCGCAUCCCUUUUCACUCAGCAUCCGCUCUCGAGCGUUUCCCGGUAACCGAGCACCGCGCUCCCGCCGCCUUACCGGAGCCACCGUGUCUCUGACCGAGGCGCUCUGCUUUCUGAAGGAUAAACGCCAGGAUUCGGUGUCGGAGCCUUUUCCCACAUAUCUACCAGAGAUUCAAUUGUCUAUCCGGGGAUUUUACACUGAAUCAUGCUCAGCAGUGACGAAGUGUGCUUUGAGUGAGUUUUUGAGAUUACUGAGUGUGUGUGUGUGUGUGUGAUAUUGUGAAAGUAAGCAGAGAUGGAAGAGAAGCUGUACCAAUCUCUGGCACGGCCCCACCCCGGCCUGGAGCUCAGUUACUCCAGCUCAUCUGAGGAAGAGGACGGCACCAACCUUCAUCACAAACACUACAGAGAGGCGCACGCCCGCACCGAUUAUGAGCCUGACCGCAGAUUCACCUACAACAGCCACAAAGUCCGCAGGAAACCCUUGGAGCAGCCGCAGAAAGAUUUCUCGGACCCCUCCAAGACCGGGUUCCCUGAUUUCCAGACAGAGCUUCACGCGGCCAAUCAGGACCUUGCUUACCCUGGAGGCGUGACUGCUGGUGUCCCUUCCGAUCCCGAAUCUGAGGGCGGCACCUCCCCUGACCACGCCCUGCGGUUGUGGAUGCAGGAAGUAAAGUCAGAGCACAGUUCCUGCCUGUCGAGCCGAGCAAACUCUGUCCUGUCCCUCACCGAUACAGAACAAGAACGCAAGUCUGAGCCAGAGAACGAUCUGCCUUCCAGCCCUGUGGCUCAGUUCACCUUUCGACCACUGCCCCCUCCACCUCCCCCGCCCCACGCUUGCACCUGUGCCCGUCCAGCACCGACUCCCCUUCCAGAGGUGGUGCAGAGGAGCACGCUUCCCGCCCGAUGCCAACCACUGGACUCCGGGAACAAAGCUGGACAGGAUGACAACGGCCAGACGCACAAUACCUGGGCACUGAACAGCAACAUACCACUAGAGACCAGGCACUUCCUGUUCAAACAUAGUUCAGGUUCGUCUGCCAUUUUCAAUGCGGCCAAUCAGAAUUACCCUCUGACGUCCAGCACAGUGUAUUCGCCGCCUCCAAGGCCUGUACCCAGAACCACCCUCUCCAGACCGCUCUUCUCAUUCAAUAAAGAGGUGGUUCAGCGAGGCAGGGUGAUAGAGAGGGGAGAGGUGGCUGUCGGGACACAGCUGGUCCAGGCCAUUCCUCCUGGACUCUUCUGGAGGUUUCACAUUACGGUUCACCACCCCGAGUAUGUGAAGUUCAACAUCUCACUCACGCGGGAUGCUCUGCUGGGCAUCUACGGCAGGAGGAAUAUACCACCUACUCACACGCAGUUUGACUUUGUGAAGUUGCUGGAUGGGAGACAGCUGAUUAAGCAGGAUUCCCGGAAUGUCAAAAUUCCGAACGCUCCUCCGCGAAGUCUGCUGGUGUCUGCUCUGCAGGAGACGGGCUUUGUGGAAUACCUUGAUGUAGGCACCUGGUACCUGGCCUUCUAUAAUGACGGUCGCAAGAUGGAACAGGUGGUGGUGUACAGCACACCCAUAGAAACAAUAGAUGGUUGCCUCACUAACUGUAACGGUAACGGAGAGUGUGUCGCUGGACACUGUCACUGUUUUACUGGCUUCCUGGGGCCAGAUUGUUCAAAAGAUUCUUGCCCAGUGCUGUGUAGUGGUAAUGGCGAUUACGAGAAAGGUGUGUGUGUGUGUCACACUGGAUGGAAGGGGGCGGAGUGUGAGGUGGAGGAAGGCCAGUGUAUCGAUCCUACCUGUUCAAACAAUGGAGAAUGUGUCAACGGAAUCUGUGUGUGCGCUCCUGCUUUCAAGGGCGACAACUGUGAGCAAGUGGAUUGUGUGGACCCGUUGUGCUCAGGUCGUGGUGUGUGUGUGCGCGGUGAGUGUGUGUGUUCCGCAGGCUGGGGAGGUGAGAGCUGUGAGACGGCACUUCCUGCCUGUAAAGAACAAUGCUCAGGUCAUGGAAUGUACCAAGCCCAGACAGGGGGGUGUGUGUGUGAACAGGGAUGGAGUGGUGACGACUGCUCCGUGGAGGUUUGCCCCGUUCCCUGCAGCACCCAUAGUGUGUGUGUUGCUGGGCGUUGCCAAUGUGAGGAGGGGUGGGAGGGGACCACUUGUGACAAACAGGCGUGCCAACAAAUCUGUGAAGAACAUGGAGAUUGCAGGGAUGGACAGUGUGUCUGUCAGCCUGGUUGGGAGGGAGAGCACUGCACUAUUGCAGCACAUUACCUGGAUCUGUUUGAUAAAGAUGCAUGUCCGGGGUUGUGUAACGGUAAUGGACGCUGUACGCUGGAGCAGAGUGGUUGGCAUUGUGUGUGCCAGUCAGGAUGGAGCGGGCCAGGCUGUAAUGUCGUCAUGGAAACAGAGUGCAAUGACAGUAAAGAUAAUGACAACGAUGGUCUCAUGGACUGUGUCGACCCAGACUGUUGUAGUCAGCAGGUGUGUGUGAGCGCCCCGCUGUGCCAAGGCUCGCCUGACCCACGUGACAUCAUCCAGCAGAGCCACGCCCCUUUCGAGCCACGCCCUUCAUGUCAGUUCUUCGACCGUGUGCGAUUCCUCAUUGGUCGGGAAACAACACACAUACUUCCAGGAGACCUGCCAUUUGACAGCAGUCGAGUGUGUGUAAUUCGAGGUCAGGUUUUGGCCUCUGAUGGAACUCCUCUCGUUGGUGUGAACAUCACGUUUCAGCAUAACCCUGAAUAUGGAUACACGCUCAGCCGACAGGAUGGCAGCUUUGAUCUUCUGGCAGUGGGCGGAAUCUCUGUGACUCUAUUGUUCCAGCGAGCCCCGUUUUUGUCCCAGAUUCGGUCUGUCUGGCUUCCCUGGAACCAGUUCAUGGUCCUGGACCGUGUUUUUAUGGAAAGAGCUGAGUCCAAACCACCUAUCUGUGACUUGAAAAACCUAAUCAGUCCACACGCCAUUGUUCUCUCCGCCCCCCUCCCGCGAUUCGCCGCUGACUGUGAGGACAGAGGAACUGUCCUACCUGAAUUACAGGCGGUCCAAGAGGAGGUGGUUAUCCCUGCUACUAUUCUGAAGUUAAGCUACCUCUCUUCCAGAGCUCCAGGCUAUCGGUCUCUCCUGAGGGUGGUUCUGACCCAUUCCACCCUCCCGUCAGGCUUGGCCAAAGUCCAUCUGUCUGUGGCCGUCCAGGGUCGGCAGCUUCUGAAAUCAUUUCCUGCAGCUCCAAACCUCAUUUAUGUUUUCUCCUGGAAUAAAACCGACAUCUAUGGACAGCAGGUCACGGGGCUAGUGCAGGCACACGUCUCUGUUGGAUACGAGUAUGAAUCCUGUCUGGACGUUGUGCUCUGGGAGAAGAGAGUUGCUCAGCUGCAGGGCUUUGAGCUGAUGCCAUCAAAUCUGGGCGGAUGGACACUGAACCAACACCACGUCCUCAACAUGGAGAGUGGUAUCCUUCAUAAAGGUAAUGGAGAGAAUGUCUUUAUUUCCCAGCAGCCUCUUGUCAUCUCCACAGUGAUGGGGACAGGGGCGGUUCGCGCGAUCCCAUGUCCAAACUGCAACGGGCCAGCCGUGGAGCAGAAGCUGUUUGCCCCCAUCGCUCUGGCCUGCGGUUCGGAUGGAAGUGUGUAUGUAGGUGAUUUUAACUACAUCCGUAGGAUUCUGCCCAACGGAUUCGCCAUCAGCAUCUUGGAGCUCAGAAAUCGUGAUAUUAGACACAGCUCUAGUCCGGCUCAUAAGUACUACUUGUCUAUGGAUCCUGUGCGCGAGUCGCUCUAUCUGUCAGAUACUAGCAGCGGGAAGCUGUACCGCCUGAAGACUCUGACUGAACCGAAAGAUCUCAGCAGGAACGUGGAGGUGGUGGCUGGCAGCGGGGAGCAGUGCACACCCUUCCAUCCGAACCAGUGCGGCGAUGGAGGCAAGGCCACUGAAGCGGCACUCAGUAACCCCAGGGGUAUCGCAGUGGACAAGCAUGGGUUCAUUUACUUUGUUGACGGAUCAAUGAUCCGUAAGAUUGAUGACAAAGGGGUGAUAACAACCAUCAUUGGGUCAAACGGACUCACGUCCUCCCAGCCAAUCAGCUGCGACUCUCGAAUGGACAUCAGCCAGGUGCGUUUAGAGUGGCCCACAGACCUGGCAGUGAGUCCGCUGGAUAAUUCUCUCUACGUUCUCGAUAAUAACCUUGUGCUCCAGGUGAGCGAGUCCCAGCAGGUGCGUGUGGUUGCUGGACGACCCAUCCAUUGCCCCUUGGCCAGUAUUGAACCGGUCCUUCUGGGGAAAACAGCGGUGCGUUCUGUGCUGGAGGGAGCGAAAGCUAUCGCUGUCAGCCACCAGGGGUCUCUAUACAUUGCAGAAACUGACGACCGGAAGCACAGCCGUGUCCAAGAGGUGUCCACAAAUGGAGAAAUGGUCAUAAUCGCGGGGGCAACCAGUGAAUGUGAUUGUAAGAUUGACCCCAACUGCGAGUGUUUCUCAGGUGACGGAGGUUAUGCUCGUGACGCCAAGCUGAAGUCUCCCUCUUCUCUGGCAGUUUCUCCUAAUGGCUCCCUCUACAUCGCUGACCUCGGGAACGUGCGGAUACGCCGGCUCACGGCUAACCAUCCUCAGCUUACUCCCGAGGGACUGUACGAGCUAACCUCGGUUGCAGACCAAGAGCUUUAUCUAUUCAGUCCAAAUGGUACUCACCUGUUCACCUGCAGCCUGGUGACGGGGGACUACCUGCUUAACUUCACAUACACCCCCGAGGGCCACCUGAGCAGCAUAGCAAACAGGGAGGGCACGAUAGCGCAGUUGCGGCGGGAUGCUAAUGGCGUGCCCCUGUGGCUUGUAGCCCCGGGCGGCCAGGUUUACUGGCUAACCAUCAGCAACGCUGGAAUGCUGAAGCGCAUCUCGGCUCUCGCACACGACCUCUCACAGCUCAGUUACUACGGCAACACAGGGCUGCUCGCAACCAUCAGCAAUGAGAACGGCUGGACUACUGUCUACGAAUAUAACUCUGAUGGACACCUCAUCAACAUGACCUUGCCGACUGGAGAGGUCAGCAGUUUCCAUGGAAACAUGGAGAAAGCUGUCAGAGUGGAAGCCAGUGCCUCGAACAGAGAAAACUUUAUUAUAAUUACAAACCACUCUGCGGAUAACACCAUCUACACACUUCGACAAGCUCACUCUGUUAGUGUGUACGGCGUUAGAGAUGACGGCUCUCUGUGGGUGACGUAUGCCAGCGGGAUGGACGUUGCUCUCAGUACUGAACCAACCGUGUCAUCCGGGCUGUUGCCGGGUGCAUCGGCAGGCCUCGUCCAUCCCACAGUUGGAAGAUGCAACAUCACGUUGCCGGGGGAACCAGCUCACAGCCUGAUAGAGUGGAGACAGAGACGCGAACAGGCCAAAGGGAAUUACACAGCAUAUGAACGGAGACUGAGGGCUCAUAACAGGAAUGUGUUGUCUGUAGAUUAUAGUCAGGAGAGUCGGGUCGGGAAGAUAUAUGAUGACCAUCGCAAGUUUACCCUGCGGGUUCAGUACGAUGACAAGGGCAGGCCUGUGCUCUGGACUCCCAGUAAAUACAAUCAAGUGCGAGUAACAUACUCGAACGAAGGUCUGGUCACCAGCAUACAGAGAGGCAACUGGACCGAGCGCAGAGACUACGAUAACGGACGCAUCAUCACACGGACCUGGGCCAAUGGGAAGAUCUGGAGCUACACUUUUCUGGAGAAGUCUGUCCAGCUGUUGUUACACAGUCAGCGCCGCUAUACAUUUGAGUACGAUCAGACAGACUGUCUGCUGUCAGUCACCCUCCCCAGCAUGGUGAGACACAGCCUGCAGACCUCUCUAUCUGUGGGCUACUACAGAAACACCUACACCCCACCCGACUCACCCACUUCCAGCUUCACGCAGGACUACGCCCACGAUGGGCGCCUGCUCCAGAGCCUGUACCUGGGCACAGGCAGGCAUGUGAUCUACAAAUACAGCCGAGUGGCCCGGCUGGCUGAGAUCCUCUAUGACUCAACACUUGUUACUUUCACCUACGACGAGGCAACAGGUGCUGUGAAAACCAUCCACCUGAUGCAUGAAGGAUUCAUUUGCACCAUCCGCUACAGACAGACAGGUCCUCUGGUGAGUAGACAAAUAUAUCGUUUCAGUGAAGAAGGAUUGGUAAACGCUCGCUUUGACUACAGCUACAACAACUUCAGGGUCACCAGCAUGCAAGCUAUGAUCAACGAAACGCCACUUCCGAUUGACCUCUACCGCUACGUGGACGUGUCGGGACGAAUCGAGCAGUUUGGGAAGUUCAGUGUCAUCAACUACGACCUAAACCAGGUCAUCACCACGCAUGCAAUGAAGCACACUAAAAUCUUCAACCCAGAAGGGCAAGUGAUCGAGGUUCAGUACGAGAUUCUGAAAUCCAUAGCCUACUGGAUGACACUGCAGUACGACAGCAUGGGACGUGUCAUAAAUUGCGAUAUUCGCAUUGGCGUGGACAGCAACAUCACACGGUAUGCGUAUGAGUAUGAUGCAGAUGGGCAGUUGCAAACGGUUGCCAUAAAUGACCGGCCACAGUGGCGUUACAGCUAUGACCUAAACGGAAACAUCAACUUACUGAGUCAUGGUAACAGUGCCCGUUUGACACCACUACGCUACGAUCUCCGUGACCGGAUCACACGCCUCGGUGAUAUCCAAUACCGCACCGAUGAGGAUGGGUUCUUGCGCCUCCGAGGCAACCUACUCUUUGAUUACGGUUCGAAUGGACUUCUUUUGGGCGCCUAUGACCGGGACAGUGGACAGAGGGUGUGGUACCGUUACGAUGGGCUCGGGAGGAGAGUGGCCUGCCGCAAUAGUGAUGGAGCACAGCUGCAGUUCUUCUACGCUGAUCUGAUGGAACCGACGCGGGUGACACACCUAUACAACCACAGUAGUUCGGAGAUCACCUCCCUCUAUUACGACCUUCAGGGACACCUCAUCGCCAUGGAGAUGAGUAGCGGCGAGGAAUUCUAUAUAGCAUGUGACAAUGCCGGAACUCCUCUUGCGGUUUUCAGUAGCCGCGGCCACGUGGUGAAGGAAAUUCGGUACACACCUUACGGAGACGUUUACAGAGAUUCCAAUCCCACCUUUCCUCUCGUCUUCGGAUUUCAGGGUGGCCUCUAUGACACUUUCACACGGUUGGUGCAUCUCGGUCGACGUGACUAUGACGUGGUUGCUGGAAGAUGGACGACGCCCAAUCAUGAAUUGUGGGCGGAGCUGAGUGUGAAUCCCAAGCCAUUUAAUUUGUAUGCAUUUAGGAACAACUAUCCUCUGGGAGACCUACAGGAUGUAACCAAGUUCACAACUGAUGUCAGUAGCUGGCUGCAUCUCUUUGGGUUCCAGCUUCAUAAUGUGGUUCCAGGGUUCCCCAAACCAAAGGUGGAGAACACAGAGCAAACAUAUGAGAUGAUGGCCACACAGAUCCGCACACAAACAUGGGAUACCAGCAAGAUUGUACUUGGCAUCCAGUGUGACCUUCAGAAGCACUUAAAAAACUUCAUUUCAUUGGAUCGCCUCCCCUUGACGCCAGCCAAUGGGAAAAUCGGAGGUCGCCAGGGCCGCAGACCAAUUUUUUCUGCCCUUUCUUCAAUUUUUGGCAAAGGUGUAAAAUUCGCCAUCCGUGAAGGAGUAGUGGCGACUGAGAUAAUUGGCGUGGCGAGUGAGGAUAGCCGUCGUGUGGCUGCCGUACUGAAUGGCGCUAUAUACCUGCGUGGCCUCCAUUUCACCGUGGAGGGACGUGACGCACACUAUUUCACCAAGGCCGGCCCACUGGAGGCAGAUCUGGGAGUGGCAGGGGGCGGUGCUGGAGGUGGAGUCCGAGUGUUAGAGAAUGGCGUAAACGUCUCGGUGUCCCAGAUAAGUGCUAUGGUUGGAGGGGAAAUGCGGCGAUUCGCUGACAUUGUGCUCCAGCAGGGGGCGCUUAGCUUUAACAUUCGUUAUGGAGCAACGCCGGAGGAAGAACGCACGCGUGUGCUAGAGGCGGCACGAAUACGAGCUGUGCAGGGGGCGUGGCUAUGGGAGCAGAAGAGGGUCCUGGAGGGGGAGGGUGGAAGUUUGCCAUGGACUGAAAAAGAAAAGGAUGAGCUCGUUGCAGAGGGCCGUGUCUCAGGGUAUGAUGGUUUCUACGCUCUACCUGUUGAACAACACCCUGAGCUAGCAGACAGCCCCUUCAACAUUCACCUGAUCAGACAUGUGGAAACUGGUCGCAGGUAACAGCGGCACCUCAGCACACCUCUACAUGCCUACACGCCCCUUUAUACACUCCAAGCUACCACAUAUCUCUUCAGCUUUUUCUAGAACCCCAACCAAACGAAGCGAGAAAGACUCUAUUGCCUUUAAAAUGUGACAAAUGAUGGUAAUGUUUUUGAUUUUGCAUUUGUUUAUGCACUCUUAGCAAGUUUGGAUUCCUGUUUUUUGGUUUCGUUAGGUAGAUUUUGUUGAAAGUCGUUCUUGUUUUACAGUGGCUUAACCGUUCUUACAAAAGAACAAGCCUUGCUUGCCAAUCUGAGGGCACAGAGAACGAUUCACCUGUGACU